AUGUCCCUUAGCCGCCCGCAGAGAGGUGUUAAGAGGGGUGCUGCAGUAGCACUGGAGGAUUCUACACCAUUAGAGUGCUCAGAUGCAGCUUUAGCUCAAAGUCUUCAGAUUCAAGAAUACCAGUCAUCUUUCUCGAAGCGUCGGAAGGUUCCUGCGGGCAAAGGUGGAGGAUCAUUGGAGAUUGGCGAUUCCGCUGACGAUGAUGAUCCUUUGACGGAUUUGGAGGAAAUGGAUCUGGAUUCUGAUGGUGGCAAUGAUGACUUUGAUGAAGAUGAUUUUGAGCCUUGGCAGUCAAAGCGCAGUACCAGGACUUCUCGUCGGUUGACAACGAAGCGUGCUAUCCCCGAUAGUGAAGCUUCCGACUCUAUCGAGGAUGGUGAAGAUGAUGUCUAUCAAUCCGAGGCUGAAGCCGAAGAACCCUCCUCCGCAUCCGAUGAGGAUGAGCCAUUGGCCACUGGGAGAUCGAGAAGGUCGAAUCCAACAAAUUCCCGGGCCAAUUCAAGAGCUCAGGCUCAAGCCUCGAGAACAUCUGCACUCGUACGGUCAUCUACCAGGCUGCCUUGGAUGAGCCGCCGUGCUUAUAGGGAGCGACGCAAACUUGAGACGCAGCAUCCUAUUGUUGUCAAGAUGUGGGACGAGAUAAGGAAUACGCCUCCUAUCACACCCGUAGCAGCGGAGCAGCCUCCAGGUAUCUCAAUAACCCUCAAGUCAUACCAACUCGAGGGUUUAAAUUGGAUGAUGCAACAGGAGCAAAGUCAUUACAAAGGUGGUCUGUUGGGUGACGAGAUGGGGAUGGGCAAGACCAUUCAAGCGGUCUCCCUUCUCAUGUCUGAUUAUCCAGUUGGCAAGCCGUCGCUUGUUGUUGUGCCUCCAGUCGCUCUGAUGCAGUGGCAGUCCGAGAUCAAAGAAUAUACGAGUGGCCAGCUAAAAGUUCUUGUGUACCACAACUCAAAUUCCAAGGUGAAACAUCUCACAAAGCAGGAGCUUCAAUCUUACGAUGUGAUUAUGAUAUCUUAUUCUGGCCUUGAAUCUAUCCACCGGAAGGAAUGGAAGGGAUGGAAUCGCAAUGAUGGGAUUGUGAAAGAAGAUAGUGUGAUUCAUGCCAUCGACUACCAUCGCCUUAUUCUCGAUGAGGCGCAUAGUAUCAAGCAACGUACCACAAGUGUUGCGCGUGCAUGCUUCGCCCUCAAAGCGACGUAUAAGUGGUGUCUCUCUGGUACUCCGGUGCAGAAUCGGAUUGGAGAGUUCUUUUCUCUAUUACGAUUCCUUGAGGUCCGUCCUUUUGCCUGCUAUUUCUGCAAGCAAUGCAGUUGCCAGGAGCUCCACUGGUCCCAAGACGCCGAAAAACGGUGCAGCCAUUGCAAACACAGUGGAUUCAGCCACGUAUCGAUCUUCAAUCAAGAAAUUCUCAAUCCUAUCACUGAGCGAGAUCACCCAGAGGCUCGUAAGGAAGCUCUGGCCAAACUUCGUCUGAUCACUGAUCGAAUCAUGUUACGGCGAGUCAAGCGCGACCACACUGCUUCAAUGGAACUGCCUCCCAAGCGCGUCAUACUGCAUAAUGAAUUUUUUGGAGAGAUCGAGCGUGAUUUCUCUAGAAGUAUUAUGACCAACUCCACCAGGCAGUUUGAUACAUAUGUGAGCCGAGGUGUCAUGUUGAACAACUACGCGAACAUCUUCGGUCUCAUCAUGCAAAUGCGGCAGGUCUCCAACCAUCCAGAUCUAAUACUAAAGAAGCAUGCUGCAGGUGGACAGAACGUUCUUGUCUGCGGCAUAUGCGAUGAGCCUGCCGAGGAGGCCAUUCGGUCCCGCUGCCACCACGAAUUCUGUCGUCGUUGCGCCAAAGAUUACAUUCGAUCUUUCGAUGCAGAUAGCGUUGUGGAUUGCCCGCGGUGCCAUAUCCCGCUCUCGAUUGAUUUUGAGCAACCCGAUAUCGAACAGGAGGAGGAACAUAUCAAGAAGAACUCGAUCAUCAAUCGAAUCCGAAUGGAGGAUUGGACCUCUUCCACAAAGAUCGAGAUGCUUGUUUACGAGCUUUACAAAUUGAGAAGCAAGAAGCAGACUCAUAAGUCAAUCGUCUUUUCUCAGUUCACCUCGAUGCUACAGCUUGUGGAAUGGCGACUUCGUCGGGCAGGAUUCAAUACUGUCAUGCUCGAUGGAACAAUGACGCCGGCGCAGCGUCAGAGAUCGAUUGAUCAUUUUAUGAACAACGUGGAUGUGGAGGUCUUCCUCGUCUCAUUGAAAGCAGGUGGUGUCGCCUUGAACUUGACCGAGGCUUCAAGAGUAUUUAUCGUCGAUCCGUGGUGGAAUCCAGCUGCUGAGUGGCAGAGUGCAGAUCGAUGCCAUCGGAUUGGACAGCGACGCCCCUGUGUGAUUACUCGGCUCUGCAUUGAGGAUUCGGUCGAAUCGCGAAUUGUCCUGCUGCAGGAAAAGAAGGCGAAUCUCAUCAAUGGCACGCUCAACAAGGACCAAGGAGAAGCGCUGGAAAAACUCACUCCAGAAGACAUGCAAUUCUUGUUCCGUGGAGCUUGA